UUUCUCGCCUCAUUGUGGAAUUUUGAGACCUUCACUAAUGAGAGUUUUGAUGAAAUCACAGGGGGAUUUGACCAACUGCCCAAAGCCUUCCACAAAAAAUUGCCCAACGUCAUCAAGUUCAAUAGCAUGGUGGAGAAAAUCAUGACCAAGGGAAACAAAGUCCACGUGUUCUACCGCACUCCAAAUGCUCUGAAUGCAACCAGAGAAAUCGCAGAUUACGUCCUUGUCACGACCACUGCCAAAGCCACCAGGCACAUCCAAUUCCUGCCACCGCUCUCUCCUCCAAAGGCCCACGCCCUGCGCUCCGUCCACUAUGCAAGCUCCACCAAAAUAAUCUUGGCUUGCUCCGAGAAGUUCUGGGAGAAGGACGGCAUCCAAGGAGGGCAUUCCAUCACCGACCGCCCUUCCCGGUUUAUCUACUACCCCAGCCACAACUUCUCCAGCGGGGUUGGCGUGAUCCUGGCUUCCUACACCUGGAAUGACGAUGCUGAGUUUUUCCUGCCUCUCUCGGAUGAGAAGUGCCUGGAUGUGGUUCUCCAAGACCUCUCAGAUAUCCACCAAGUGAGAAAGGACCACCUGCAGAAGAUCUGCAAUCAGUACGUGAUACAGAAGUGGCAGCUGGACAAUUACGCCCUGGGGGCAUUUGCUUCCUUCACCCCUUACCAGUUCACUGACUACUCGAAGGCUCUCUUUGACCAUGAGGGCAGGGUGCAUUUUGCAGGAGAACAUGCAGCUCAGCCUCACGCCUGGAUCGACACCUCCAUGAAAUCGGCCAUCAGGGCUGCGAGCAACAUCCACCACGACAGCGGCGAAGCCCAGAUGCUGAACACGGAGGAAGAGGAGGAGCAGAAGCAGACAAGGAGUUUCUUGCAGAAGGAAGAACUCUGA